GUUAACAUCAUGUCUGUGGUCAAACAUUGCAUCUGUUAACAUCGUGUCUGGUCAAACGUUGCGUCUGUUAACAUCGUGUCUGUGGUCAAACGCUGCGUCUGUUAACAUUGUGUCUGUGGUCAAACAUCGUGUCUAUUAACAUCGUGUCUGUGGUGAAGCAUCGCAUCUGUAAACAUGUCUGUGGUGAAACGUCACGUCCAUAAACAUCGCGUCUGUAAACAUUGUGUACGUGGUGAAACGUUGUCUGUGGUGAACCGUCGCGUCUGUAAACAUUGUAUCUGUGGUGAAACAACAUGUCUGUUAACAUCGUGUCUGGGGUGAAACGUCACGUCUGUUAACAUUGUGACGUGGGGACACGUCACUUGUCUGUGGUGAAACGUCACAUCUGUAAACGUCGUGUCUGUUAACAUCGUGGCUGUGGUGAAACGUCACGUGUCUGUGGUGAAACAUCACGUGUCUGUGGUGAAUCGCACCUCUGUAACGUCGUGUCUGUUAACGUCGUGUAUGUGGUGGCUUAAGGUUACAUGUGUUGCUGUGGAAAAGAGUUUAGCUGCUUGGAUAACAGAAACGGUUCUGAUACUGACGGAUCUGUACCAAGGACGCAGCCGCAGAACUCUGCAAUGUCCAGAUCAAGAUGGAGCCAGAAGAGGAUGUGGAGAUCCAGUCAUUUCCUGUCCUCAAGAAGCUGUGUAUCAGACUGACAGACUGCAGGGCGUGGCUGGAGGGGCGAGACUUCCUGUCUCUGGAUGACCACCCUCAGCUCUGUUGCUACAGACCGAGGCCGAACUGCCUGACCAAUGCUGGCAGGAAGAUGCUCUACUGCUCCCAGUGUACCAAAGGUUUUUAUAAGGAGUCUCACCUGGAGGCUCAUCAGCAGAUUCACAACGGACUCAAACCCAACGAGUGCUGGCAGUGUGGGAAGAUCUACCCGACCCUGAUGAGCCUCGUCACCCACCAACAGAUCCAUGACCGCGACAAGCCCUACCAGUGCUCGUACUGCGACAAGUCCUUCGCACUAAAGAGGGACUGGAAGACCCACCACAGGAUGCACUCCGGGACCAAACCAUUCAAGUGCUGGUUCUGCGGCGACGGAUUUAACGAGCAGGAAGAGCUCAACGAUCACCUGGAGCUGCACAAAGGGGAGAAGUGCUACCACUGCCAAGUCUGCGACAAGAUGUUCGUCUCCUACCAGGGUUUCAGUUUCCACUGCAAAUCGCACAAGAGCAAAAAGCCGCUGCCCUGCUCCAAGUGCCUGAAGACCUUCAGCAACCCUCAGAGUCUGAAGCUCCACCAGGUGACACACUCCAACAGGAAGCCAUAUAAGUGCUCCACCUGUGGCAAAGGCUUUAAACUGCAGGGUGGCCUGCACUCCCACCAGAGAACCCAUGAGAACCUGAAGGCCUACCACUGCACAGAGUGUGGAAAGUGUUUCUCCAGCCUGCAGGGUUUAAAACUGCAUGACCGCACCCACACCGGACUGAAGCCUUACAAGUGCACUGAAUGUGGAAAGAGUUUCACCCAAGCCCCCCACCUCAAAGCUCACAUGGUCACCCACACUGGAGAGCGGCCAUUCCUCUGCACCACCUGUGGCAAGAGGUUCACACAGUCAUCACACCUGAAAUCCCACAUCACUCUCUUCCACGUGGGCGAGAAGCCGUUCACCUGCGACGACUGCGGGAAGAGCUUCACCAUCGCCCACUACCUGAAGAUGCACCGGCUGAGCCACACCAAAGAGAAGCUGUACCAGUGCUCAUACUGCGAGAAGUCCUUCUCCUACCACAACUCGUGGAGAGCCCACGAGAGGAUCCACACUGGUGAAAGGCCUUUCAGCUGCCAGGACUGUGGCCAGAGCUUCAUCACAUCAGGUUCACUGCUGAGCCACCAGAGAUCCAAACACACCAGGGAGAAGAACCACUACUGCUUCACCUGCGGAGAGUUCUUCUUCACCAGCUCGCUGCUGCGCACCCACCAGCUCGACCACACGGGCGAGCGGCCGCACAUCUGCAGCUGCGGCAAAACGUUCAAAACCAAAGGGGUUCUGCGUCACCACCUGAAGAGAUUCACCAAGCACCGCCCAGCUGAGGGAGCACUGUGACAAAGGUGCAUAAAGAUGUAGAAGUGGACGUUAAUCAGCAGGUGGAGCUGUCGCACAAGGUCAAGGCUCAGAUUACGACCUGAACUCUCACCUGAGACCAGAACUCUUUCUGAGUUCAGCUGCUGUGAUGAUGUAACACACACACACACACAGAUGAUGUUUAUCAUUAACGUUUAUUCAAAGUCCACAAAUGGACUCUUGCCUUUGAUUGGCAGGUGAUUGAGGGGACAGGGUUAAGUUGUUCCUCAUGUCUACACACAGUGAAAAUCAUGAGUAAUUUCUGUUAAUAACACAAAGUUCACAAAGUAACAUCAGAGCCAGAAAUAGAAUGUUUAUUUUUAUAUUUGACUCUUUUUCUUGUGAAGGAAUCAUGAGAGGAAAUCUAUGAUCACAUGAAUCCUGUGUCUGCAUUAAAGUUGAAUCAGUUAUGAUUAAAGUUUGAAGCCUGUCAACGGAGGACAAAUAUACGAUGGACAGACGGACACAUGAACAUUUCCUGUCCUGCACGAGUGGAACCAGCUGCUGCUAAUGCUACCUAUGGUACUAGCUGAGUGUUCGGGUCUCAGGACUCGGAUUCUGUUGUUCUGGACUGGUUGAGGUCUCUCUCAUUCUUCUUUUUUGAAUUAAAACUAGAAGCUAUAAACUUGUAUAAACACUUGUCUGUUGUCUUCAGUGUGUCUGUGGUCCAGGAACCUGUGACCAGGAUCUGGACUCAUGUGGUCCAGGAACCUGUGAAAACGUUUGUGAAUAAAGAAUAAAAGUCCACGCAGAUAAAGACUCA